GUUUGACUCCUACGGGCCCCCGUAGCGUCCCCGGGCUGCUUCCGUUUCUGACGCCUGCCGUGCUAGAGCACUUCCGGCGGCGGCGGCGGCUCCUGCAGCCGAGGCAAGAUGGGUCAGAGUCAGAGUGGUGGUCAUGGUCCUGGAGGUGGCAAGAAGGAUGACAAGGACAAGAAGAAGAAAUAUGAACCUCCCGUGCCAACCAGAGUGGGGAAAAAGAAGAAGAAAACCAAGGGACCAGAUGCUGCCAGCAAACUGCCACUGGUGACACCUCACACUCAGUGCCGGUUAAAAUUAUUGAAGUUAGAAAGAAUUAAAGACUAUCUUCUCAUGGAGGAAGAAUUCAUUAGAAAUCAGGAACAAAUGAAGCCUUUAGAAGAAAAGCAAGAGGAGGAAAGAUCAAAGGUAGAUGACCUGAGGGGGACUCCGAUGUCAGUGGGGACCUUGGAAGAGAUCAUUGAUGACAAUCACGCCAUCGUGUCUACAUCUGUGGGCUCAGAACACUACGUCAGCAUUCUUUCCUUUGUGGACAAGGACCUGCUGGAACCAGGCUGCUCCGUCCUGCUCAACCACAAGGUGCAUGCUGUGAUAGGGGUGCUGAUGGAUGACACAGACCCCUUGGUCACGGUGAUGAAGGUGGAAAAGGCCCCGCAGGAGACCUAUGCCGACAUUGGGGGGUUGGACAACCAAAUCCAGGAGAUUAAGGAAUCUGUGGAACUUCCUCUCACUCACCCUGAGUAUUACGAAGAGAUGGGUAUAAAGCCCCCUAAGGGGGUCAUUCUCUAUGGGCCACCGGGCACAGGUAAAACCUUACUGGCUAAAGCAGUAGCAAACCAAACCUCAGCCACUUUCUUGAGAGUGGUUGGCUCUGAACUUAUUCAGAAGUACCUGGGCGACGGGCCCAAGCUCGUUCGGGAAUUGUUUCGAGUUGCUGAAGAACAUGCACCAUCCAUUGUGUUUAUUGAUGAAAUUGAUGCCAUUGGGACAAAAAGAUAUGACUCAAAUUCCGGUGGUGAGAGAGAAAUUCAGCGAACAAUGUUGGAACUGUUGAACCAGUUGGAUGGAUUUGAUUCAAGGGGAGACGUGAAAGUCAUUAUGGCCACAAACCGAAUAGAAACUCUGGACCCAGCACUGAUCAGACCAGAGGACACUGAAACUGCACAUGAGGAGACAGGCGCAGCACAGCCGGGGCUGCACAGAGCUGCGACUGAAGCCUCUGUACUUACAGGCCGCAUCGACAGGAAGAUCGAGUUCCCCCUGCCCGAUGAAAAGACCAAGAAGCGCAUCUUUCAGAUCCACACAAGCAGAAUGACGCUGGCUGAUGACGUGACACUGGACGACUUGAUCAUGGCUAAGGACGACCUCUCUGGUGCUGACAUCAAGGCAAUCUGUACAGAAGCUGGUCUCAUGGCCUUGAGAGAACGUAGAAUGAAAGUCACAAAUGAAGACUUCAAAAAAUCGAAAGAAAAUGUUCUGUAUAAAAAACAAGAAGGCACCCCUGAGGGGCUCUAUCUCUAGGGAACCUCAGUUGCCUUCAAGGAAGUGGUCAGGGGUGCCGACCCUGGGGAGGGAGGAGGUGGGGAGUUGCCCAGAGGACCCCGUUGCAGUUGCUCUUCAUUAUGUGCCCUGUGUACCUCUCUGAGCACCGCCUGCAGGAGCCCGACGUGCAGCGCUCCAUUCCCAAUAAAGCGAGUUCUUUCUCAA